UUUCGAGGGGGGCGUCGUCGGCGUACAUGUGCACACGCAGAAUAGCGAGCAUGAAGUGAAGUGUUAAUAAGUGGACAAUAAUAUUGGAGUGUGUCCGGUGCUACAGUUGGUCGCGAUGGCUUCAGAGGAGGACGACGCGCUGCUGUUCCUCAUCUACCAGCACCUGAAGGUCAGCGGCUUCAGCAAAGCCGCCAGGCUGCUGGAGAAGCACGUUUCUCAGGUGGAAACACCAGAGGAGAGUUGUAACCUACAUGACAUCUACACAGGCUGGAUGAAGCUGCGCUGCGAUCUGAAGAAAGAAAGCAUCAACCCAGAACCUGCCACCAGUGAAGAAGAAGCUGCUGCAGAGACUGAACCUUCCAACACCACCGAAGAAGAGUCCAAAGCAGAUGUUGUGGAUUCAUCAAACGGAGACGCUGAGAAAGACUCAGAGCAGCUGCUGGAUGUCACUGAUAAAACUCAAACAUCAAACUCGGAAGAAGAAAAGACAGAGGAGCAGGAUCCAGAAACAAAGCAAGAGUCAGCUCCUACUGAAGUUUCUACUGAGGCAACGAACAAGGCAGAAAGUUCCAGUUGUGCCACUUUGGACUCUGAAGAAAUGGCUGAGCCCACCGAGGGCGAUCCCGAACAACCUGCCUCUGAUCAGCCUGAUGGACAUCUGCAGGCUGAAGAUCCAGCCGAGAAGAUGGAGGAGGACAAGCUGAAGCAGGCUGCCACAAACCCCUCCGAGGUCGCAGAUGAAGCUUCUGCAUCUGAGCAGACUGAUGCUGAUCAAACUGAAGCUCCAGCUUGUGUCACUCAGGAGGACGGCGAGUCCUCGGAAGAUGAGCAAGAAACAGCUAUAGAGAAGCCCAGCGAGGCCGAGCCCAGCGCCGCAGAGCCGACAGCCGAGGAGGCCAAUGAGCAGCCAGCAGAGAACGAAGCCCCGCCCCCUGCAGAUGCUGACAGUGAGGAUAAAAAUCCAAAAGAGGACGACGCCAAAGUAGAGGAGGAGGAGAAAUCUGAGAAACCUGAAGACGAGGCGGAGAAGUCGACAAACCAAAGUGACACUGCUGACGUCCCCGCUGCUCACACUGAAGACCCGGAGGACUCCAUCAUCCUCAACAUUCAGACCCCAGAUGACGAAGCAGCCGAGCGAGAAAGCAGCCAACUGCUCCCCGAGGAGGCUUCAGAAGACUCCAAAAGCCCCAAGAAGAAGAAAAAGAAGAACAAAAAGGAUGCAAAGACGUCCGCAGAAGAUGCAUCGAUCACAGAAACACCCAGCACUGAUGCCUCCAACGCAGAUGCCCCCAGUGAUUCUCCUCUUACCAGCAAGUCUGCCAAAAAGAAAAAGAGAGACAAAAAGAGGCAUGGGGAGGUGGCGGCAGAGACAAAAGAGGAGGAGGAGAAGGAGGAAGAAGUGUCUCAGGUAGCUCCACCAGAGAAGAAGAAGAAGGCAAAGAAGAGGAAAAGGGAAAGAAAUGAAGUGGAAGAAGAGGAAACUCCCAAUGCCCUCUCUGAAAAAAUUAAAAAGAAAAAGAAGCAGUUAACAGAAGUAGAGGAGGAGACGGUGGAGAAUCCUGAGACGACGGAGGAAAAAAGAAGAAGAAGAAGAAGAAGAGGAGGAAGAAGAAAAAGGAAGGUCAGGAAAAAGAGGAGGUGCAGUCUGAAGAAAGCCCAGCAGGGGGCGACAAAGACACAGAAGAGACACCAGAAGCUGAAGAUGGAAACUCUUCUCUGGUCUCCUCGGCCAGAAAGAAAAACCGUCUCAGGAAGAAGCUCAGUCUGAGGAAGAGGUUCAGACUGCAGAAGAAAGACGGCACAAUGAUGAUGAUGAUCAAGAUGAAGAACAACAACUUGGCUGCAGGACAGAACGUCUCAGGGAAAAAGAAGCACAAACACAUCCAGGAUGAGACGCCUCAACCAAACAAGCCAAACAAAAGACCGCCAGCCGACGGCAUCCAGGAGGACGAGACACCAAAGAGGAAGAAAACGACGAUGGUCGGCAGUGAACAAGAGGAAAGCUCGUCAAAGGAAAACAAACCUCCCAAAACAAAGAAAGAGAAGAAGAGUGAAGAGGCAAACGAUGUGAACGCAGAGAGUCCUGAGGCUGACUCGUCUGUGCUUUCUAACGAGGGGAAGAAGAAGAAGAAGAAGAAAAAAAGGAAAGCAAAGGCAGUUCAGGGUGAGGAGACUACAGACGAUUCGACCCUCAUCGCUGUGAGCCCAGACGUACCCGCUAAGAAAAACAAGAAGAACAGAUUAAAGGAGAGACUGGAAGAGACAGAAUCUGCUGCAGACAGACUCACUCCUGCAGCUGUUUCUACGAAAAAGAAGAAAUCCUCCAAAAAGCAGAUAACAGAUUGAAUCUGGAUUUAGUGGAGGAUGAUCCUGUCUUGGACCUGAAAGCCCGGAAACCAACAUGAGCAAUUUAGUGCCUUUUCUCAUGAUUGUUCUCAGAUGAAAGGUUUUUCUUUUUUUUUUAACCUUAGAAAAAGAUUUGUGAGUAAUGACGAUUGUUUUCAGUCACAUUUUCACUGUCUUUUGUUCUUUAACUGUGAAUUCAGCGCGGUACAUCUGCACCUGCAGUUCAGACCCCUACAUUAGACCAGCACAGUGCUUCAUAAUCAGUCUCUGACUCUUUGACAGACUUUUGAACCAUAAGUUUAAUUAAACAUUUUUUUUCUUGCGCUGGACGACAUUUUCAAAUAUUUCAUGGUGCAGAAACUUAUUUGUAAAGGAAGCCAAAUAAAGACAUGAACAUAAAUAGCACUAUAAUGAAAUUUAUUUUCAUCAUUGGUGAAUUUGUUCAAUAUAAGUCUAAAAAUGUGGUCAAAAUGCCCCAAAAGCCAAAGAUAUUUAACACUGGGACUUGAGAAUGUUUGGAGAGUGUUUAAGAAGAUUUUAUUUCUACUACAGAGUGCUCCGUUUUCAGUAAAAGCCUGUAUUGUCAAAACUACAAUCGGCAUGUCAUCCAAACUGAUUUUUGAGGCCAGACUUUCCCCUCCACCACCCGUUUUUCUUUUUACCUUCACUGGUUGUUGAGUAAAACUCUUCUGGGUGAUGAACUCGGCACUGCAGAUGAACCGUGUUGGGAAACUCUUCAUCUCUUAACUGUGGUUGGAAAUGAGCUUCAGGGGAGCAAGCUGUGAAAGGAAGAUUUCAAAGUGGGUCAUGUUUUUGAACACUUCUGUCGGCAUUAAUGGGCUGUUUCAGAAAUGCUUUUCAGUAGGAAGCGUGGCUUUGUUUAGAGGAAGAGCUUUUUGUGUGUUACUGAUGUCUGUUUACUUUUUCUGUCGGUCACAAGCUGUGAAGUGAGAUUCCCUCUGCACCUUGUCCAUCCUUGGAAAUUUAAAGUUUCAGUCCUCAGACCUUCUUCAACAGAGAUCAGGCUGGACAGACCCAACCAACUCUUUAUUCAGAUAAAGCAAAACCAGCAAACGGCACAUUUAUGAAAGUAAUCAGUCUGGAGCUGGACGUCCUGUAAUGCAGACUCCAUACUAAGACCUUCACUGCAUUUCCAAACAGAUGGUUGUUUUUGGCAAGUUGCAGGGGACACAAGUGUAAAAUACGACUCACCACUGUAGUUCUACUGUGGAAGGCAGCAGGCCACGAACAACCGUCAGUUCAAACGACACCACUGCAGACAAUCAUUUCACCAAGCUUUAGCUACGCAGUGAUGGACUUAAUGUGAACGUACAAUGCAGGACACUCAAACCAAUCAGUCCCGCUUGAGUCUCACUGGGAGUUUCUGAGGACUGAAUCCUUGGAUUUCCUGGCAGGGACCACGUCCUUACCUCUGGAUAGUUCCUCCUGUUCACCAGCAGUAGAUGUGGAUGAGCCUUUACAGACAUGUUUACCUUCAUGGACUUUUCAACUAUGCACUUGAUUAAAUCCCGUUGCUGUCGUUCGAGGGACUAAAAUCGUUGUUCCUGAGGACCAACAUGUUUAGAGUCUGUUGGACACAAAGGAUCUGUACCAGCUUUGAUUUUACCGUUGUUCAUUCAUACUGUUACGUGUGUGUUAAGUUACUGUAAUUAUCAGUGUUUGAGUCAAAUCAAACUGGGAAACUGAUAACCUGACCUGAUUAUACAUUACAAAACAGACAGUUUUUUUUUUUUUUAAAAGAAAUUCAACCCAAAUGUAAAGGGUCCUGAACACAGUCACACUAUAAGUGGUCCUCACGUUUAUUUCACAAGAGCAUAUUUCACUUUUUCACUCUAUGCAUCUGACUUCACACUGCAGUAAAAACGCUGCAUAAAACUAAAUUCAGCUUCACGACACGCAAAAACACUUGAAGCUCAGGGAUUCAAAGUCUACACGAACCACAUCUUAAAAUUCACAACUUAAUUCCUAAAUUAUAAAUGUGAUAUUUAUGUUACAUUUAUAAUUUCAGGGCUGAACUGAGUAACUUCUUUCAAAACAAUCCCUCAUUUGAUACUGAAUAAUAUUUUGGAUACAGAAUUUGAUUCAGGAUUCAGUUUUAUAUCUCUUAUUUUAAAUGAAUAAUAAGUCAUCUGAGCCUUCUUGUCACUGGCGAACCGGCAGUUGUUUGUCUUUGUCUCUGCACUUAAAGAGAGAAAAGUUCAGGUAGUUUAGAGUUGAUACUGACAUCGAUUCAUUAAACUGUGAAGAGAAAUGAGGCCUUUCAAACUCUCGAUGUCUCUGUUUACUCCCCGGUUAACAAAGCAGAUGCCUUUCUUGCUUUUUCCCUGAAACAGAAAUCCUGAAAGUCAACAUGUUGGACCAUUUGUGAGCACAACUUAAAUUGUCUCAACUCCAAACAUCACGUGUGGUUUUUCUUAAAAUGACAAAGUUGGGUGACAUUUUCAGCUUCAUUUUAUUGGCUCUGUAUUUUGUUUGAUAUUUUCCAGGAAUCUUUCCUUGUACUUUCUGAAAAAUUCAACACUUUUUAGAUGUAGAUUAUGAGCUUAGUUACAAUUUGGAAAUGAUUAAAGGUAAAUGCAAGUAUUGGGUGAAAGAACAUUAGUACACUGGUGACAACGGCCAUCUGAGUUUCCCUAAAACGCCACCAAAAAUUCUAGUUAAGCUAGAAAAUGCUCCACACAGAGGUCAACUUAUUUACUUGUGAGCAAAUAUGACGAAAGGAGAACAGCUGAUUCUGUAAAUUCAACAAAAGCAGAUCUAUAAGUCAGCAAGAAUAAAAUGAAAGAGUUUUAUGGCCUGAUUUCUCUGGUAAACUCAUAAACUCGUAGCUGUCCGAUCAGUGUUUUACUUACCUACUACAGAAUUAAACUGGAACUGCCACAGCUAACUCCAUCUCUCUUAGAAUUAAGAGUAAAUUUGGCUCGGACCUACUUGGAAAUAUCUUUACAUUUACAGUUAAGAUCAGCCAAUUUUUAGAAAAAGUGGGAGGAAAGUUUCCUGAAAAUGAAAGACCCAUAAAAAGCAUGAAAGAGCAGAUUAGAGGGGAUAGGAUUCUAGCAUGUCUGUUACACCGAUGAAAUAAAUACUGCACAUGUACACUGUUGUUCAUUUUUUCUGCUAAAUGUUUUUCACAUUUCUGAAUCACUGUUUCUUCCAUUAAAAUAUUUUGUCUCUGAACUUUA